UGCUCACUCAAGAACACUGCACUCUGCACGGAUGCUCUGCACACGCAUGUGAGAGAGCUGGCCACAAACUUGGACAGGCACAUAUAGAUAGAUAAAGGUCAUGGACGAGAGUAGAGAUGGAGGCAUUGCUGAUGGGGAAGCUAUGGAGACAGAUGGCCAGAAAGGGAGCGCUGAAAAAAGACCCGAGGCCAGGGAGAAAUGGGCCAACAAGACUGAGUUCCUGCUGUCCAUGGCUGGAGAGAUCAUCGGCCUGGGGAACGUGUGGCGCUUCCCUUACCUGUGCUACAAAAAUGGAGGCGGUGUUUUCUUCAUCCCUUAUUUCAUCUUCCUCUUCUUUUGUGGAAUCCCAGUAUUCUUCCUUGAGACGGCAUUAGGUCAAUACACCAGUGAAGGGGGCAUCACUGCUUGGAGAAAAAUCUGCCCCAUGUUUGAAGUUGUAGGUGUUGCCUCCCAAGUUAUAGUGAUUUAUCUGAAUAUAUAUUACAUUGUGGUCCUGGCCUGGGCUCUGUUUUAUCUAUUCAACUCUUUUUGGAGUACUCUACCUUGGACUUCCUGUGACAAUUAUUGGAACACAGCUCAUCCUGCAACUCAUCGUAUGGUGCGGGUGGCGAACAGUGGUGGUCUGGGGAGUGUAAAUGCUGAUCUAGCCAUGUGUCUUCUUUUGGCUUGGGUCAUCUGUUAUUUUUGCAUCUUUAAAGGAGUCAAGACCUCAGGCAAGGUUGUGUACUUCACAGCUACGUUCCCCUACUUAAUGCUGUUCAUCCUUUUCAUCAGAGGAGUGACUCUGCCAGGAGCUGCAACUGGAAUUACUUAUUAUCUGUAUCCUGAUAUCAGUAAACUCUCUAAUCCUGAUGUAUGGCGUGAUGCAGGCACUCAGGUGUUUUUCUCCUACGCUGUGUGUCAAGGAGUCCUAACAGCGCUGGGCAGUUAUAACAAAUACAACAAUGACUGCUACAAGGACUGUAUAGCACUCUGUAUUCUGAACAGCUCCACCAGCAUCUUUGCUGGAUUUGUUGUCUUUUCUAUUCUGGGGUUCAUGGCCCAUCAGUUAGGUUUACCCAUGGAAGACAUAGCAUCAUCAGGUCCUGGACUAGCAUUCAUAGCAUAUCCUAGAGCCCUCUCUCUGUUACCUGGACCCCAGUUCUGGUCUGUUCUUUUCUUUUUUAUGGUACUUCUUCUGGGCCUUGACAGCCAGUUUGUGUGUGUGGAGAGUUUAGCCACAGCUCUCACAGACCUAUUUCCUGGAGUUCUAAGGAAGCGGCGAGAGCUUUUGGUGUUAAAAAUCGCCGUCAUCUGCUUCUUACUGGGUCUGCCAUUCAUCACAAAGGGAGGAUUCCAUCUGUUUACUGUGAUGGACACCUAUGGCCCGAGUGGAACUAACCUGCUCUUUAUCGCCUGCUUUGAGACGAUUGUUGUCGCAUGGGUUUACGGUGCAAACCGUUUCUAUGACAACAUUGAGGACAUGAUAGGAUACGCACCAUUCCCUGUGCUGAAGUACUGCUGGCUCUUCAUUAGCCCUCUCAUCUGUGUUGCUACUCUGCUGUAUAACCUGCUGGGUAGUAAAUCUGUGUCUUCAGCUGAUCCAUUUGUGCCGGACUGGAGUUACAAGUUGGCACCUUUGCUCACAGUCAUUCCUAUGGUUUAUAUCCCAAUCUUCUUGUUCGUCUCUUUAGGAAGGGGUCGUAACAUCAUCACCCCCUCUAGUGACCUGAAGCAGCUCCGACCAAACAGUCCACGCCUCACACUGUUUAAUCGCGUAAUCAUUAAACCACAGAGAUCUCGACACAUUCAGGAAGAUGGAGAAGAGAAAGCUAACAAAGAACACACCAGUGGAGUUUGAUAAGGCAGAAUGAUCAUUUUAUUUUAGGUUAUAUAUUAUAUAUAGGACUUUAUGUUAAAU